GUCACAUGCGUUACCAAGACGCCUGCCUCAAAAGGCCUUGGGCCACUCCACCCAGGGACAGCUCCUCUUGAGUCGCACCUGAGGACGCCGCGAUGUUAGCCCCUCCGCUCUGCCUCCUGCGCCUUGCCCUGGCCGCCUUCUGGAGCCGCUACCUGGCGCCCACCUGCCUCUGGCUCUUCGCCUUCCCAUGGCUCCCCUCCUCGAAUGCCGACCCCACCAAAGCCACGCCUGAGGACAGCUCCACCACCACCACGCCGCCGCCUCCUCUGGUGCCGCUGAGCGUGAAUUACCACUUCACCCGGCAAUGCAACUACCGGUGCGGCUUCUGCUUCCACACGGCCAAGACCUCCUUCGUGUUGCCUCUGGAGGAAGCCCAGAGGGGGCUCCGAUUGCUCAAGGAGGCCGGUAUGGAGAAAAUAAAUUUUUCAGGAGGAGAACCAUUUCUCCAUGAGAGAGGCAACUUUGUUGGGAAGCUGGUUCGGUUUUGCAAACAGGAGCUGAAACUGCCAAGUGUUAGCAUUGUCAGCAAUGGCAGCAUGAUUAAAGAAAGGUGGUUUAAACAUUAUGGGGAAUACCUUGACAUUCUUGCAGUGUCUUGUGACAGCUUCUUUGAGGAAGUCAAUGUUUUGAUUGGCCGUGGGCAAAGAGGGAAAAACCACAUUGAAAAUCUUCAUAAAUUGAAGCAGUGGUGCCAACGUUAUGGGGUGGCAUUCAAGAUCAACUCUGUGAUUAACCGGUUUAAUAUGGAGGAAGAUAUGAACGAGCAGAUCAAAGCUCUCAAUCCUGUCCGCUGGAAGGUGUUUCAGUGUCUUCUGAUUGAAGGAGAAAACUCAGGGGAGGAUGCUCUGAGAGAAGCAGAAAGGUUUGUCAUCAGUGAUGAAGAUUUUGAACAAUUCCUUAAGCGUCAUAAAGGUGUCUCGUGCUUAGUGCCUGAAUCUAACCAAAAGAUGAAAGAUUCAUACUUAAUUCUGGAUGAAUAUAUGCGCUUUCUGAACUGUGUAAAUGGGCGGAAAGAGCCUUCUCGCUCUAUUCUGGAUGUGGGUGUGCAAGAUGCUAUAAAAUUCAGUGGAUUUGAUGAAAAGAUGUUUCUCAAGCGAGGAGGGAAAUAUGUCUGGAGCAAAGUGGAUAUGGCACUCGAAUGGUGAUCAGACUCGUAUAUUAUUUGCAAGUGCACUGAAAUGCUGAGAACUAUUUUCAUCUACUCUACAAGAAAGCCCCCUGAGAUUCUGAACAACCGCUUUUCUACCUAGCUAUAUUGCAACACUGAAUAUUCCAAUGAACGUUGCAUAUUACAAGCACAGGAUUGCACACAUCUGGGAAUUAGGCUUCCUUCACUUUAAAUAAACAAUUGUGCUAGCAAAAAAUACAAAAUGGGAUACAUGUUGGCUUAGGGAAAAGGUCUCCCUGAAGAACAAUACUUGGAUUGCCCAAGUGUUCUCUCAAGUGUUUCUCUCAGGACUUUUACAUGCAGCAUCUAUUUUGCCAGAAGUGGAUAAAGAAAACUGCAGAUACAGGUUCUGCCGAUAUGGGGAUCAUAUUGUAUUAAGAAUAUAAGAGAAUCUUCAAAAGAUGUGUGGCCCAAUACAUGGAAUUAUAUGCAUCAUUGUAAUUAACAAGAACAGCUGAAAAGAAAAUUCCAGACCCAUAGAAGACAUAGCAAUGGCUAAUGGAGGUUUGAAACACCUCCUACCUGUUGAACAGCUUUCAAAACAAAUAAAAUCACACAGCUCUUUUGGUAUGCAGGAUUGAUGUGUGUUCAGAACUUUUUAACCAAUAAUCCAUCCCUUCCCACAUUUCUGUGUGCCAGGAACUGGUACAAUAUAUGUGCUGUAUUACUACUGUAUUAGCAUAGUUUCCUAGAAACUUAAAGCAGACUGGCAGUUUAUGGCUUUCAGAUCAAAUGACACUAGAAUCCUAGUGAUAAGCUGGCUAGCAGAAGUCUUAAUGUGUUCCUAAGGCUGUCUAGUUACCUCAGGUUAUUAUUUUAUAUUCAUUGAUUUAUUUGAUGUAUUGAUUUUUUUUCGUGUCAGGAGUGACUU